AUGUGCGGAGAAUACGUCGGCACUGUUCUCUUCCUCUGGUUCGCUUUGUCCGGUACCCAGGUCGCCAACAGCAUUCCAUCAACGGGUGGUCAAACCGUUGCUGAAGCAGGCUCGAACCCGCAGCAGCUGCAGUACAUUGCUCUCUGCUUUGGCUUUUCCCUGGCUGUGAACGCUUGGGUUUUCUUCCGCAUUUCUGGUGGCCUUUUCAACCCUGCUGUCACGCUUGGAAUGUGCUUGAUUGGCGCGCUGCCGUGGAUCCGUGGAUGUCUAUUAUUCUUUGUGCAGAUUCUUGGCGGUAUCACCGCCGCUGCGCUGGUCACUUGCAUGUUCCCUCACGAUGGCAAGAUCAACGUCCGCACCUCUCUUGGUGGUGGUACCUCUGUUGUCCAAGGUCUCUUCAUCGAGAUGUUCUUGACUGCUCAGCUUGUCUUCACCAUCUUCAUGUUGGCAGCUGAGAAGCACAAGGGUACCUUCAUUGCUCCUGUCGGUAUCGGUCUUGCACUCUUCAUCGCCGAGUUGACCGGAGUCUACUUCACUGGUGGGUCUCUCAAUCCUGCACGUUCCUUCGGUCCUGCAGUUGUCAACCACACCUUCAACGGCUACCACUGGAUCUAUUGGCUCGGACCCAUCCUCGGUGCCAUCGUCGCGGCCGGUUUCUACAAGUUCAUCAAGAUCCUCGAAUACGAGACUGCCAACCCCGGUCAAGACAACGAUCAUGCCGCCAAUGUGGAGAGGAGGAAGAACCUGCUCCUCGCCGCCGGUAUUAACGAGUACGAUGCUCACAAAGUCGCCCAUGAGCUUACUGAGAAAACUGCUGUUGCCCAAGCCGGCGGCCCCAACGGCACACUCGUCGCGAACGGCCAAGGCCGCCACGAACAACCUGUCGACGUUCAAGGCAUGUACGGCACCCAAUUCCGCCGUCCCUCGACCUUAUCGUCGGUCCAUAGCAAGCGCACCUCGGACAAGUCAGACGCGACAUUCCCCUCGCCCCAGCGUCCACAAGCCACUACCACAGGAAGCCAGAUCGGAAGGUUCAGCUACCUCGGUGAACGCGGUGUGGCGUCAGGCAACCCUGCGCAUGUCAAUGCUCUUGCAGCGGAGACGAGGAUGGAUAGCCCCGCCAUGACGACAAAUGAUCAGCUCUAUGCUCCGCUUGCGCAUGGUGCUGAUGUGCCUCUUGGUGGAUCGGUGCACCCUGAGUAUCAGGGUGAGCCUAGGCAGCGGUUUGGCAGGACGCCCUCGAGCUAUGCUUGA